UUUUUUCCUUUCUAGUCUGUUCUUUCUUCUCUUCUUAUUUCUUCUUCUACAAAUUCUGGUAGCGAUAAAUUCAACUGUUGCUGUCAUGCCGCAUUUUCCCCCUCGAAGACCACACCAACGCGUGAAUUUAAGCGAAGCGAAUCGCUCUGGGAAUCCAGGGAAAGAAGAACAUAGAUGGCUUUUAUAAACAAAUUUUAGUGUGUGAACAUGAUCUCUCCUAUGUGUGUGUGUGUUUUUUUCUUUUCUAUUUCUGUUAUGAUGCAAAGAGCCCCAUAAGUACAUUAUGAUACAGCGUACAGCAACAAAAUUAUAAACUGGAGUUAAACGAUUUCUCCUGGUUGUUAUCCGAUUUGUGCAGAGUCGCUUUUUAAGAGCUACGUUAACAGUUCAUUUUUUAAUUACAGUAUUUUUGUAAACAUUAAAAUGUCGAACCCCUUCCUGUCUAUAUUGCCUGCCUGUUGCUUAUCAACACUCUCUAGAACACUUUAUUUACUCGCUUCUUUAUCAAUUUCUUCCAGCUGCGCCAUUCUACCAUAAAGUUACGCUGAUCUAGACCCAUUGAGAGUCCACCCCACAAUCCCCCCCUCCCUCCCCUCCCUCCCCUCCCCAAUGUUCCUAUUUUCCUCACCCCCUCUCAAUCAUUCACACUUUCUACCCUGAUCCUCGCUCCUUGUGUAACACUCUCAUCGACCUGCCACCCUCAUUAGGACCCUGCCUCAUUUUGUAUUAGCGAUUGUUGCUGUGAGAAAGUCCCUGGCUUCUCUUCCUUUCUUCCUGUGGUCGGCAACGUCACCCUCAUAACUGUCGGGAGCAUUGAGUAUGCACCAGUGUUGACAGUACAAUCAACAAUUUGCUUGAAAGAGCUACUAUUCUUCUCUUAGACCACACCAACCAUGCUGCUUUUGUUGGAACCGACCCCCCAAAAGAAGAGUGGUUCUGUAGCACUGGCGUUUUCUUUUCACGCGCCUUCCUCUGCGGGCGAUAUCAUGGAGAAUGAAAGCCCCACACCACAUUUUUGUGCCUAAGAAUAGAGCAAGGCAUUGUUCCCCCAAACAACAGAAGCCCAUACAACGUUUAACAUCGACACAACGACUAUCUCAACCUCGACAAUCUAUAUUCAGGAGUGCUGGUUAGCGUGAAAGGAAUUUACUGCUAUUCUCUGCCCCGUAAAAUAGAUUGUUCGCCAUCUGAAAGCCUUCUUUUCUUGUGGUGUUACGUAUGCUGUUGCCUAACGGGCAGCCAGCAAUGGCUGGUGAAUAAAAGGCAUAAUGUACAUUGAUACACUUCUAUAGACGGCUGGAUAAUAACUAUGUGGGGGCCGUGGCGUCUGACCAUUUAUAGAGUGGUAUUGGAGUCCUGUUGGUUUCAGUCUUUAUUCAGACACACAACAGUGCGGGGCAAUGUACAAGGGACACUGGGACAUUAUCGUCUAAGGACGCAUUCCUCUUCCUUUUCCACGAGUGUUUCAAACCCACGUUUCUCACAAACGUGAGUCUGCAGAAUGAGCGCGUGCUGGAAUAAUUGUUGGCAAAUCCGUCAGCUUUGUUUCUGAGUGAGUGAAGUGCUGCAUUGUUGCUCAACGAAAGAAGUGGGGCAAGGUUGCUCAGUAUCUGGAAGCUUCAAUUCCUGGAAAGCAAGCCAUGUCGUUGGAAUUUAUUGGCGAAUUCUGUGUUGGAAAAAGGAAUCUUUUCUUUGAAGGAGUAAUUCAUCUUACGUGUUUGCUUACUUUCCAGAAAAAACGGAUAAUGUACCGUAAAAACGUGUUAUGGAAGAUCCCUGAGAAGGUCAUGGAGUUCUCUAACCUGUCCUGUGACCUUGAGCCAGAAAAUGACAUUGACCUAAAUAAAUCGAGCAAGGUCAGUUGACAUUUUUCGACGUUGUUUCCUGUUGACUAGACAAUUUGUCUGGGAGAUGGAAGAACUGUUUCAGGCGUCUGAUUUGUUGCUGUUGCCCUCCUCACCAUCAAAGCAGAAGGUACAUCACCGUGCCUGCCUGGAGGGAAUGACCUGCUUAGUCAUUUAUUCGUCUUGACAGUGACUAAACUACCACAAUCUAGCUACGCAACUUGAUCUGGAAAUGGUCAGGAGAAAAAUACGGGUGGGCAAGAAUGAGGCAAAACAUCAAGCAGGUGUCAGAUAAAGAAAGCUGCCGUGGACUUGAGACUCAAAAUGGCUGUAUCAUCGAUGUCCCAAUUCAGCAUAUCAGUUUUCUCAAUAAUGGAUGGGAAUGAAGAGAGAAUCUUAUUCCCGUCCCAAUCCCGACCCCACAUACUCUUUUUAAGAAUUUUCCUUGCAAGAAACUGAGGGCGUUUUCUUUCUUUUUUUUUUUUGGGGGGGGGGGUCGAUAAAGGAAAGCUUUCAAAACUCUAGAAGCAGUUAAGGACUUAGAUGUCAAACAAAAUCAAUCAUAACUCAAGCCUUAAGAAGAAUUUGACAUUUUCCUGAACCAAGAAAAGCUCAGUUGUCUUUCACAAUGUAAGACAUUCCCUUGGAAACUGAGAUAUGUGUGUCGAAGAUCUGUUAAACGGUCACAAUAAUAUCUAUGACCUGUGAAUCAUUGUCUUCCAUUGUUGGUAGAUUUGAGUUGCAACCAAAAUUAAGACUGAACUCAACAAGUUCAUUGUCCAAACAAAUGGAUAGUAGUUUCAGCUGUGUAUAUUAUGUAGAAAAUAGGGGUAUAAGGUAUAUCAUAUACGAAAAUUAAACUUUUGAGCUAAAUGUUGAAUUAAAAGAAAAGAACAGGAAAUCGCACAGUAGGUGUACAAAAGAAAUAUAACACCAAACAGCAAGCGAAAAUUGAUAGUCUGUGACUGAUGCCAACAAAAAGAAAAGAAAUUUACAUUUUCGUUUGAAUUCUCUUUCCUUCACGAGAAUUGCUACAGUCAUCUAUAUAUUUCUUCUCCGUACAAGAAGGAUCGUUUGACGUGAUGUCCCAGUUUCUGUGUUGAGUCUAGAAAAGACUACAGGGAUCGGAGUGAAAAAUGAUCCGGAAGAAGAAAAAGGAGCUAUUCCCAACCCUGAUAGAAGGGAAUGUUCUAGAUCCAGGGUCAGGUGAAGGUAAUCCAUGCCAGGUUGAGCAGGACACGAAUGGAAGACAAGGAGUGCUCGCCCCUGCUUGGUCACAAACACACGGACCUUCUCAUUGUGGCUUUCCAUAUCGCACCUUCGUGACAAAUUGUUUUCUAAUCGAAUCUGGAAUAUUACCUUUCACAAAACUGGAUUAGAUUUUCAAUCUGGAGUAUCGAGUGUACGUGGUAGCGGUGGUUUCGAUUACCACCUUAAUCUGAUGACAUCACGACGACGCAUGCGCAGUGACAUCGUUUUUAAGAGUGAGGAUUUGACGCCAUCAUUCUUGUAGUUCUCCUAACCCGUAGUUGCCACCGCUAACCCACUCACCAGAAACCUCAAGGUCUUCUAAUACUCUUCCUGGACGAUCUGUCAACAACGGACCGGGAGACACCCAUUUGCUUCAUAUGGACUUUUCUCACUUACUCACCUAGCAUACUAACCCACCAACAGGCUUGCUUUGUCUGGACAUAUCGGAGUAUAAACUACUGGCUCGCCAUCUUGCUCGGAGUAUUUUUUGCCUUGUGUAGCAUGAGGAGAAAUAUAUCCGGUUAUUCUGUCGUGUGGCCCGCUGUCACAUGAUCUCUUCUCUUCUUGUGUACACGUGUACGCAAGAAGUGCUGACGUCACAUCACGACGUCUGCUGAGUAAAUUCUGUGUAACUCUGAGCAAAUUUUGAAUCAGCAGCUUGUCGUGUUCUUUAAUUACUACACAACGUUCUUCUCCACUUCCCUUGAUAUAGCCACUUCUUUGUAGGCCCAGUGCAACCCAAUCGAGCAGUUUCCCUUUUCAAGUGUAGAUUGUGUCCUUCAGACAAGCUUGUCUCGCCAUUUCUUCCCGUCCAGCCAACCACUGACGGCAACAGUCCAAGUUAACGGACUAACAACUAACACCUCGACAACGUCUUUCCACCUCCGGACACCAGUUUGUCCAAAUUUCUCAUAUAUCACCCACUAACAACUCGAUAUAUGAGUGGCUACUAACAUCGCCCACCACCCCAAAAAACUCGAUUCAUAAAAGGUAUUCCUUUUAAAUUUUUUUCUUGUAGUUGAUCCACGUACGGCCUCAAAAUUUUCUACCCAAGCUUCGACCCGAGGGACGCCUACCGCUCCUCCAAGAUGAUGAUGCUGGAGCCAGAGAUGAAGCCUCCCAUCCUGCACCAGCCGCCGCCGCAGACGUCUCUGCCCCCGGUGUCCAGCGCGCCGGGCGGCGGUCACGUGGGCUCACACCCCCACGGCAUGCAUCCGCAACAGACGUCACCCAGACCUGGAUCUGGCGGUCAUAGCGGACACACAGAACUGCCCCAGACGAAUCACGGAGGCGGUCAGGGAGGAGGCGGUGGGGGACCCCCCAACGGAGGCAGCCCGACCAACAACAACAACAACAAUAACAACUCGUCCAACUCUAAGAACAACAUGGAUCUGAGCCGCGUGAAGAGGCCGAUGAAUGCCUUCAUGGUUUGGUCGCGCGGACAGAGGCGCAAGAUGGCGCAGGAGAAUCCUAAGAUGCACAACUCUGAGAUCAGUAAGCGUCUAGGCGCAGAGUGGAAGCUUCUAAGCGAAGCGGAGAAGAGGCCUUUUAUUGACGAGGCCAAGAGGCUGAGGGCGAUCCACAUGAAGGAGCACCCGGACUAUAAGUACAGGCCACGCAGGAAGACGAAGACACUGAUGAAGAAGGACAAAUACGCCAUUCCAGGCAUGGCCAACCCGGCAGCCAUGGGUCAAGUGGGCCGUGAUCCGUCCUCUAUGUACCCUGGACACAUGAACAACUACAUGUCCAACGGCUACGCGCACAUGAUGGACCCGAACGCCUACCACCAGCACAUGGCCGGCCAGCUACCCGGUCUGGCAGCCGCCCAGUACUACCCGAACUUCUCCGCUCAAGCUAUGCAAGGCCAGGUCACGUCAGGCUCCUACAUGAAUGGUGCCAACAGCUACAACAUGACCAUGGCCCAGAUGGCGCCCUACGCAGCCCACAACAUGUCGCCCACACCCCAGGGCGGACUCCCCAGCACGCCGGGCAUCAAACGAGAGUCGGGAACGCCCACUCAAGGUGGAGGACCUCCCCCUAGCAACGCGGCGCCCGCCCACACCGGCUCCAGCAAAUCGCCCUACCCGCCCGCCACGCCCGGCCAAGCGGGCUCGGAGAUACGUGAGUUCAUCUCUAUGUACCUCCCGCCCGGCCAGAGCGAGCACGGCCUCUCCAACGACCAGCACAGUGCCGCCUUCGCCGCCGCCGCCGCGCAACAACGACUCCACCAGAUGCAGCAGCAAUACGGCGUCGGGGUGAACGGCCACCACCUGCCGCCAACAUCCUCAGACAACAGCACAGUACCCUUGUCGCAUAUGUAGUAGAAGACGCACCAUGCUACAUGCACGCACACACACAAACCUACACAUAGCAAACACGCACGCACGUCCCUCCUGCAAACUACUACACAAACCACGUCAUCAUCAUCAUCUCGAGGACUCGAGAGCAUAGUGUCAGCUCGACGUCACAAGAAAACCACAUAAGAACGAGCAUUUCAGGGGCGGGCGCUGUUUCGCUGCCUGCCCAUGAACAAAGAAGACGUAACAAGAAAGUCACCCCGAACCGGACUCUGACGAAAAGAGUAACAGAAAACCCCCCAGCUCACCCAUCAUCAUUCUACAUGAUUGUAUAACCGAUCUUCACAACCGUCUCAUGAUUGUAUAUAUUUAUAUACACCACCAACAACAUUUACCAUUAUACUAUUUCUCUUUCUUUUGUUGAAAUGUGUUUAAACGUUGUUGGACUUGUACAGAAAUCGCAUUCUUGAUGUCCGAGCCGCUAUGUGGGGAACCGAAUAUCUCGUUGUGUGGUUCUCGCGUCCUGACACAACUCACGGGCGACUGACUCUAUCUGUCUCUUCUGUGGAAUUUCUACGUUGUAUACUCGGCUCACUCCACAUGUCCACUCUCCCUCCCACUCUCAGAAAAUUGUUGAGGGAGAGGGUGGGUGAGAGAUGGGGAUGGGAGUAUCAGUAGUAGUGGCUUCUCGCCAAUCUUUAACAUGAUGACUUGCAGUGUUUGCAGAGGGCGUAAAACCCACCACCAUCACACAACAGCAAACUAUAGGGCCUUCCUUAUAUGACAAGCCAGGUCGGUUGUCCUGCUCUCACCCUGAGAGAAUCGACGGGAGCCCUCCCUCCAAUCCUCCCUCUCCCCGACCUUGCGGUGGGUGAGUCCUGGCGAAAUAUGGCCCCUACCCGACCGUGUGGGCGGUGAACAACAUCUCUGGACACCCAAACAACGACCCAGGCGACGGAAAGUGUCUUGAGAGGGUAUACCACGCGCGCCGCUCCACGGGCAUGUUAUCGCAGCUCUCUACGUGAGCGACUGCAAGCGGGGCAUCUACUGACCCCCGCCACCACCAGCAUAUUAAUCUACAUGGCGUAGGUAGGCUCUGGCCGUCUGGCUCUACGGUCUGAAACCUGGGAGAACCAGAGGCCCAGAUAGCUUUUCACCUCGAACAUUCGGACACUGCCCAUACAUUCUGGCGCCUGACGUCAUCGUGAUGUCAUCUUUUUCAAGUCUACGUCUGACCAGGUGGAUGUCCUGUGGCCUACCUAUGACCAGCAGUCAGUGAAGUGCACAUUCCCCUUCUAAAACUCUCCUUCAAAGAAAAAACAAUAUUUCCCUGUCUUUACAGCUUUUUGGGGGGUUAAAAAUGUUUGACCUAAAGAAACUCAAAUCUUGAUAGAUAUUGUGGAUAUUGGGUUCCAUGGUACUACUAGCUUGCUGCUCACUAUGUCUGCUUGGCAUGACCUUGUCAGCACAUUCAGCAAAAGCUGGCCUCGUAUUGCUGUGUUACGUGCGAGUGUCUAUGCGUUUCUUUAAGGUGGCGUUGUCUGGUAGGAACCUUGCAUAUCACACUCUAAGUGGCACUAUCAAUGCUAGGGAAAUUGAAGUAGACUAAGGCACUGUUCACACCACUGGACAUGACGUGGUUUUUUUCGCCAACACAAUGAUCUCGAGAUAUAAUAAAAACAUGGUAUUUACUUUUUA